AUGCCGUCUCUGAGCUCGUAUCUCGCGAAUGUUCGUCGUCUAGUGUUUCAACCCAGAUCGUCCGCUCCGUCGUCAAAUGGAGGCAUCGAUCAGUCAGGUGGGAGGUCGACUUUGGUGAUGGGCAAUCCGUCAGCGGAUCUGGACAGUUUUGUGUCUGCGGUGCUGCUGUCCUACUUCUACAACCUCCCAAGCAGACACAGCAACUCUUCCCAUCCACAGGCAAGCACAGACGGCGGUGCUGGUGGUAUUGGUACUCUGAAGACGAAAUAUGUGCCUGUCUUGAACCUACCUGCUGUCAAGGCCGACGAAUUAUGGCGACUGAGACCUGAAUUCGGGGUUGCGCUGCGGUGGGCGGUGGGCGAAAUCCCAACCGGAACUGGUCCUGGUGCAGACGAGCAAAGUAAAGACGCUGAGAAAGUCAAGCAAUUAGAAGAUAUGAUUACAGUUGCAGAUAUCAAGAGCGAUUCGAACUCAGUAUUCCACAGCGUCUUUGCGGACUCGGCGCACAAAGCUGCUGGAUCGCAAACAUCGAUCCAAGCAGGCUCUACAGGUUCCACUGAUGCUGCUUCGUCACAGUCACAGACGCAGACACAACCGCAGUCGUUGCUACUUGUGGACCACAAUGCACCAUCGAUCCCAGGCAUGUCGGACGAGACUAUCCGCUCCAGACUCAAGGUGAUCGGCUGCAUCGAUCAUCAUGUCGACGAAGGUUACGUGGAACAAGACGCUUCGCCACGCAUCAUCACUACAGGAAUCGGCAGCUGUACGAGCCUUGUGGUCAAACAUCUCCGAGAUCAAGGGAUGUGGCCUACACCAUCUGUAAACAAUACCAAUAGUAGUGAUCAUGAUGUACCGUCGACAGCUACUACUACUCUGACAACGCAGGACGCAAGCACGAAUGUGGCCUCCAUUCAAGAACUCAGCAAACUCGCCCUAGCACCUAUUCUGAUCGACACAACGAAUCUCACAGGAAAAGGGGACAAGUGUUCAGACACGGAUAGGGAGGCUGUUGCUUUUCUCGAAGCAUUCCUCUCACCUCCAUCUACACAACACAGCCAAACGAAGGAUGUCAAAACAAAUGCACAUGCAGAUACAAGAGAGGCUCCACCCCCUUCUGACAAAACAGGUCAAACAUCAUGGGACCGUACCGCAUUCUACAAUGCCAUCUCCACCGCCAAAGCGAAUUCUCUCAACCUUCUCACCAUGCAGGAGACCUUCGAUCGGGAUUACAAAGUCUGGCAAGAACGUACACGUACACAACCAACCUCUUCAUCGUCGGGCGCGAAAGACAUCAACGUCGGCAUCAGCAGUCUCGUCAAGCCGCUCUCAUGGCUCAUCAAGCAUGCAGGCGGCGUGGACAAGUUUCUCGAUGAGGUGGAAACUUUCGCCACAGCAGAAGAUCGCAAAUUGGGCGUAUUCGCCAUGUUGACCCGGGCUGGGCACGGCAAGGAGAUGGCCGUGUUUGUCCUCGAUGAGGAUUUGACAGAGUCUGGACUGAUAGGCCAUUUUGAAGACAGGGCUGGAGAAUUGCAGCUGCGCGAGUGGGAUGAGGAUCGAGAGUUGAUGGAGGCGCUGAAUCAGAGACUGACGGGGAAGCGGGGAUGGAAGGUUUGGUGGAUUGGCGACACGAGCAAGAGUCGGAAACAGGUUGGGCCGUUGCUGAGAGAGGCCGUGAAGACGAUGUGA